UCCUGCGUUCAGUGGAACAUUUCGAUUAUUGGCGAACCCGAACCGAUCGCGUCUCAGUGAUGGAACACCGGCUGGACCACGACUAUCGUUUCCCGAUCCCUCGAUCUUUCUUCUAUAAAGGAACGACCACUUAGCGAAGAUCCAACUCGACGCGGUUCAUCACGAGGAGUGAUCAAGUUUUAUGUGACGGAGACUCUGAUAGUGGAAAUUUUGUACGAGAGCUGAAAGUCGCGCAGGAUGUCGACGUCGAGUUCACGCGAGCGAUGGGACAUCCGCGCGUCGGACAUCGCCACCAAGACGCACAACCCCAUUAGGUCCAUCGUGGAAAACAUCGUCGUCGAGCCAAAUCCCUCGAAACCCAUGAUCGCUCUGACCAUUGGUGAUCCCACAACGUUUGGCAACUUGACACCACCGACAGAACUGAUCGACGCUGUGCAAGAAAGCUUAGCUUCCCAAAUGUAUAUCGGUUACGCCCCCUCCACAGGUCACCACAGUGCAAAGGCAGCAGUGGCGGAGUACAGUUCCAGCGAAUUUGUAAAAGUGGAACCCGAGGACGUAAUCCUCUGCAGCGGAUGUUCCUGCGCCCUCGAUCUCUGCAUAACGGUUCUAGGGACGGAGGGACAGAAUAUCCUGAUACCGCGACCUGGUUUCUCGAUAUAUCGAACAUUGGCAGAGGGUCUUGGGAUCAUCGUAAAGUCCUACGAUUUACGUCCGGAGCGCGACUGGGAGAUCAACUUGGACCAGUUGGAGUCGCAGAUCGACGAAAUGACGGCGGCGAUCGUUAUAAACAAUCCCUCGAACCCGUGCGGGUCCGUGUUCAGCCGGGACCAUACGCUUGACAUACUCGAGGUGGCCGCUCGUUACCACGUACCGAUUAUAGCCGACGAAAUUUACGAGCAUAUGGUGUUCCCGGGACGGACUUUUCACUCGCUGGCAUCCCUGUCGCGAGAAGUUCCCAUUUUGUCGUGCAGCGGUCUUACAAAGAGAUUUUUAGUGCCCGGCUGGCGCAUGGGCUGGAUAAUCAUCCACGAUCGUCACAACGCCCUGGAGAAGGAGAUACGAAACGGUCUGCAGCGCCUCAGUCAGAGGAUCAUCGGUAGCAACACGCUCAUUCAGGGUGCGCUGCCCGCCAUAUUGAGAAACACCCCGCAGAAGUUCUACGACGACGUUAUGUGCACGUUACACAACCAUUCGAAAUUGGCCUACAAUUAUAUAAUGAAGAUACCCGGUCUGACACCGUUAAUGCCACAUGGAGCCAUGUAUAUGAUGGUUUACAUCGAUCUAUCCUGUUUUCCGGAAUUUAAUUCCGACCUGGAUUUCCUGCAGCGGCUGCUAAUGGAGGAGUCCGUGUUUUGCCUACCGGGCCAGUGCUUCGAUUAUUCGUCCUACAUGAGGAUCGUGAUCACGGUGCCGGCGAACAUGCUGCAGGAAGCCUGUCAGAGGAUUCAGGAGUUCUGCGCGAGGCACAACCAUAAGACGUCGGAGAACAGGCGGAGGAACAACUUGGACGACGUCGGGAUCCCCUAUUGAAGGGGGAAAAGGGAUUCGGCUUACUCAGCUAUUCGUACGAGCGUGUCGAUUACCCUCGAACGGGUUGAGAUGAUCCUCGGGCGAGGAGAGGAUCUUCGAUGGGUCGUCCCCGUGUGCGUGGACGUGAAUUAUUUCAUGUAGGCUACUUCAAACGUGUAAUUAUGUACGCAAUAAAUGUUCUUUGUGAAAUCA